AUGCUGGACAAGGAGAAGGAAAGUUGGGUUAUGUCUAGAUUAGAAUUGAGGCAUUCUCACCCCUGUUCGGCCAAGAAAGCUGUCCACUAUCAUGAGUACAAGGAGUUGACCAUGCAUGCUAAGUGCGUCAUUACGGAUAACAAUGAGGCUGGCAUAAGACCCAACAAGACAUAUCUAGCACUGGCAAACAAGGAGAUCAAUCCCAACUUCUUUUAUGCCAUAGAUGUUGACGAUGCUAAUAAAUUCAGGAGCACACUUUGGGUAGAUGCAAGGUGCAGGGCUUCGUAUGAAUAUUACGGAGAUGUGGUGUCGUUCGACACCACUUACAUAAGAAACAGGCAUGGUCUACCGUUUGCAUCCUUUGUCGGUGUAAACCACCAUGGGAAGUCUACUCUUCUUGGUUGUGCUUUACUUGGGAGCGAGGAGACCGACUUGUAUGCGAAUCAAAGGAAGUGGGUUCCAAUAUUCUUCAAGAGUGAAUUUUGGGCCAGUAUGUGGAGUACACAGCGGAGUGAAAGUAUGCACGUAUUUUACGGUGGGUUUCUGCAUUGCAAGAGUGGGUUGGUUCAGUUUGUGAAUGAAUACGACAAUGUGCUUGGAAACAAUGAGCAAAAGGAGCUGGAAGAUGAUGUUGCGGACUUGAAAGGAGUCAUCCCAUGCAUAGGGAGCACAUGCAUUGAGAGAGAGUUUCAGCAGAAAUACACCAGUAAUAUGUUCAGGAUCCUUCAGCUAGAGGGUGAUUCAAUUUCUGUUAAAGUGGACGAGCAGAAGGUAUUUUGGGAGAAGGCUGUCUACCACACUUUCACAGUAGAGUUUGACCCAUUGGGUCAAAAGGUUCGGUGUGAGUGCAACAAGUUUGAAUCCCCUGGUAUAUUAUGUUGCCACACCUUUGCUGUGUGGUCAUACUAUAGAGUUGGCACAGUACCGAGCUGCUAUGUUCUUCCUCGAUGGAGUAAGAACGUCAUCCGCAAGCACACUUAUAUUAAGAGUAUCCAUGAUGUGGCUCGGACCGAUGAAAGCCACAACCUGUUCAGGCGUUUGUGUUCAGAGUUCUAUAACGUUGCUCAGGAGUUUGUUGCUUGUGAUGAGGAAGCAGCCAUCUUGUGGUCUGCCCUUUGGGACGCAAAGUCCAAGAUGACUGAUUACCGUGCCAGCAUGCGUUCCACUACUUUUGCUGCGACUCAGAAUACCAUCCCACACAGAGCGCAGGCGGUGUUGUUGUACAUGACAUACAGGGACCCUCAAGAGUUAAGACUAAAGGACGGCCGAAGAGAUGUUGUUGACCUUCAUACAGAUAAUGAUCAUGAUGGUUCUGUAACUAAAAGAUUUGAGGAUUCUACUACUUGGAAUGCAUCAGAUGGUUGCGGAUUCAUGUCCCUGUUGAACUCUUUUAGGCAUAGAUAG